AUGAGGUUCUUCCCACUGUUGCUCCUACAACUACAACUCGGCUUGCUGUACGCUUGCCUAGUUGCCGACCAGCCAAAGUUAUUCCUCCCUCGGAGUUCUAUGACCAUGGCGACACCGACUCAUGUCUAUCCAGGCGUGAGUCUCCCUUUGCGAGACAUGCCUAAGAGGUCAUUCAAUCGUAAAGAUGAGUAUUUGUUCUACCCCAUUGGGUUCCCUGAAUACAAAAGGAAUCAAUCUCAGGUGAUGCCGGUGAAAGAGGUUGCGAUGAUGAUUCUCAUGGAUACCUUGACGGAUAAGCCAGAUUGGCAUAAGAAAGUGUUUGACGAGACAAUUGUUCAGAAGUGGAGAAAUGAAGUGCGCCAGCAGAGCGAGGAUGGAUUGUAUGCAAGGAUCAUGCAGGAUAAGCUGGAGAAGGGUCCUCGUAAGCCUCGGGAUAGGAUCAUUACUGAUACGGCGUUCGACUACGCAAGGUACUUCGAGAAGUCUGGUCUCAUCCCUACUCUUGAUGGACCCGGCAACACGAUCAUCAAAUCAGACUCGUUCAUCGACAAAAGUCUUCACCGUGAUAUCAGCAGAGCGUGCUACACGCUUUUGAAGGAUCAAGAAGGCAAAACCGAUUGGCACCCGCGAAGUAACGACAUGGUUCAAAACCUUAUCCAUCCUUCCAUGCACAAUUUCGUCUACGAUCGAUCACCGUUCAUCCAACACGAAGUCGUCGGCGUAUCGAACGCACUUGACUUCAUGGGCGAAGGUAAGCCCGUGCGAGGUCAGCCCCCUGUAGUCCGACAGAAUUUAUUCGAGCAUGUGUGGGAGCCAGAAUUUGCCAUUGGUUCAGGAAAGAUUGGCUCAGAGUACUGGGCCGAUAAAUACCAGUGGUUGCCCGCCAACGUUAGAUUUCGCGAAGAUGGCAGUGCUGAGUCUACAAGCUACGUAAACAAUCUUCACACGACAAAGUUUCCUGAAAUCUACAGGACUAUUGAGAAGUUGGUUGAUAAGGCGAUCCCUGCUUGGGAUCAUUGUCUGCGAGAGGUUAAUCGUUUCAACGACGGGACUGACGGAAAUGACGACUUAUGGACGCCAAAGUUCAAUGGGGACGAAUUUCUUCAUAAAGACGUCGAACUUACGCAUCAAGAACUACGUGACUUGGAAGAAGGAUGCUACCAUGAAUCAGAGGACUCAGUCGAAUUCGACGAAAAUGAGGAUCAGCGCAGAAUGAACGAGGGCCUCCCUCCUCUUACACCCAAUGUCGAUGAUGAGACCAUGGCAGAAGUAAAAUGGCUCAAGUACCGCGACGCUAUACUCUCUGACCCAAAGCCCUUUGAAGAAGUUGACUACGCGCCAAAGCAGAGCUUACGAGAAAAGUUCAAGAAGGAAGGGUUGCAAAUCAUUGUCAAGAUGGCGAGUAUUGAACUCACACCUGAGAAGCCAGAGUUCCCCGCUGGAAGUUGGCAUAUCGAAGGUCAGAUGAAUGAGAAGAUUGCCGCCACUGCGCUGUACUACUUUGACGGUGAAAACGUGGCGCCAAGCCGUUUAUCGUUCCGCAUGCAGAGGAGCUCGUAUCUGAAUGAUGAGAUCAAGGCUGGCCAGGAUCGUUACAACUACCUUGAAAGGGUGUUUGGGACAGAUCUUGGAAUGCAAGGCGGAUUAGCGAGAUCUUGUGUUCAGAGCUACGGCGACGUUGACACGCCAGAGGGUCGACUCCUCGCUUUCCCUAACGUCUUUCAACACCGCGUGUCUUCUUUCAAGCUUGAAGAUCCGGCAAAGCCGGGACACCGACGCUUCAUAGCUCUUUGGCUGGUUGAUCCGCACCGCCGAAUCCUUUCGAUGGCGAAUGUGCCGCCUCAGCAAAAGGAUUGGUGGACUGGAAGCGGUGAAGUGCCUAGCGGCCUUAUGGAUAUUGAGGAAGCGCGGGCGCAUCGGCUCAAGUUGAUGGAUGAGCGGACUGCGGAGAAGGCGAGGGCUCACUGGGAGUCGAUUGACUAUAACUUCUGUGAGCAUUGA